AUGGAGGCCCUUGGAAGUCACCAGCUUCGGGAGAACUUCCGGAUGCUAGGCAAUGUCAUCAACGACAUAAAAGGAAAGCUCUGGGGGUAUGAUGUCAAAGGUCUCAAUGCCAGAGUGAAUAAUCGUUUGAAGGAAAAAGACCUCAGCGGAGCCUUCAAUAUUGUGCGCGCCGGUAUUUCCGUGUUUAACUACUUGAACAUGCCGAAUGUCUGGAAACGAUACAAGCAAACGAACAUUCUGGUUCGUCAAGAACUGGAACGUAUACAGAAAGCAUACAAGGCAGCCAGCUCAAAGGAUGCGAAGCUGCUAGAAUGCUGGGAUCUAUUUCUCUAUGAACGCAUGAAAGGGAUGACAAGAGAACCGCGUCAGUUUGUGGAGGAUUAUCUGACCAAGUUCAAGGAGGAAUGGGUCGAGAGCAAAUGGCCAGGUGACAAAGAUUGGCUAGCACAGUUACAACAGGUGCAAAGCUUUGUGAAAGAGAUGAAGAAACAAUUGAACAAGAUCCAAAUUAGCUUGGACGAUUUGUUCUAA